AUGCCGCCACCCAUCCCACAGGCGGAGCCUAACCGGACGCCUCGCGCAAGAUACAAUUAUCACUUCUUGUCAAGACUGACGAAACUCUUAAAUGAUGACGGAGAAUGCGAUCUCAGCGAACAACUUCAGAAAUAUAAAUCAUCACGAUUGCAGGCUUUGAGAGGCUCUGCAACACCGCCCUCCAUACCAAUCGAGCCGGCAAAAGCUCCUGAGCCAUGUAUCUCGGAACCAGCUGGCGAGCUCAGUAUUGUAAUACCCUUAAGUCCUCAGAUCGAAACACUUCUCAAAAUUCCACAUGGAAAGCAGCCUCACGAAGAGCUCUCUACCACAUUCUUCUCUUUUUUAAGAAAAGGCGAUAUUCUACAUCGAGGUAUCCACGACUCUCGCUGGGUCAUAAAGAUCAGUGAAGAUAUCAUCGUCAAAUGUGGCCCUAACGUCGAUGUGCGCGAAAUUCAAACCCUAAAUUAUCUCUCGCCUUUCAAAAAGCAGAUUUUGUGUCCUGAGCCCCACGGAGCAAUUUCAGUGGGUAGGUGGACGUACCUCUUCAUGUCUUAUAUCGCGGGCACACCUCUCUCGAAACCCUGGCCCGCGCUAUCACCUAGUCAAAAGACGAGCGUGCAAAGACAGCUUGACACUGUUUUCAAGUGUCUUCGGAGCAUCCCCGCACAAUCUGAACUUUUUGGCAGUGGUACUCCGCCACGCUGUAAAGAUCUCCGAACAAGUCUAAGAAUUGCCGAUAAACCCAUUAGCAACGAGGAAGAAUUCAAUUCCUUCCUCGUUCACACAAACCGCGAGCGCAAUCCCAUCUACUUAAACCUCAUUUCCUCAGGAUUAUCCAUAAAUCAUCGCGCAGUCAUGACACAUAGCGAUCUCCAUCCUGGCAACCUUCUUGCACGACUUGAUUAUAACGGUGGCAUAGAAGUGACGGGAAUCAUAGACUGGGAGAUGAGUGGCUUCUAUCCCGAAUACUGGGAAUACAUCAAAGCUCACUCAUACGUCCAUUACGACGUUAGUGAUUGGUAUAGUUACCUACCGACCGAUGCUAUUGGCAAUUAUGGGGAUGAGUGGAGACGGGAUUGUUUGGUUACUAGAUUGACGAUGUAA